AUGAACGUCUCCGAUCCCGCGGACAUCGCGGAGAUCGCCAAGUCUACGGCCUUUGCGCACGAUGCCCAGGUGGGUGAGAAGAAGGAUCGCGUCUCUACGGACAUGCGUCACGCCGACCCGUCCGAGAUCCAGGAGGUGCGCGCAGCCACCGAAAAGGAGGUCGUAGGCUCUUCGUCCGUCCCUUAUGAGGACGAGACUCUGCACAAAACCUUCCCCACUCCCGAUGAACUCCAGACUCUGCGUCGCGUGGCUGGCAAGGUGCCCUGGACUGCUUACACUGUCGCGUUUGUGGAGCUGUGCGAGCGAUUCUCCUACUACGGCACAACGGCAGUCUUUGUCAACUUCCUUCAGCGUCCCCUUCCUCCAGGUUCCAAUGCUGGUGAGACUCAUGGCCGGGACAACUUGGUCCCAGGAGCUCUGGGCAUGGGCCAGCAGGCGUCGACUGGACUGACCUUGUUCAACUCCUUCUGGUCCUAUAUCAUGCCUCUCAUGGGCGCCUAUAUGGCGGACCAGUACUGGGGUCGUUUCCGCACAAUCAUGUUCUCUAUCGGUGUCGCCCUGCUCGGGCAUAUCAUCCUCGUCAUCUCGGCUAUUCCGCCGGUCAUUCAUAAUCCUCACGGGGCCAUCGGAUGCUUCUCCAUUGGGCUGGUCAUUAUGGGUGUGGGAACGGGGGGUUUCAAAUCGAACAUUUCGCCCCUGAUCGCGGAGCAAUAUCGGGAUGAACAACCAUUCAUCAAAACCCUCCCUUCCGGUGAACGUGUCAUUGUCGAACAUGCUGCGACAGUUUCACGCAUCUACCUGUACUUCUAUAUGAUGAUAAAUAUUGGCUCGAUCCUUGGACAGGUCAGUAUGGUGUAUGCCGAGCGUUACGUCGGCUUCUGGUUGUCGUUUCUUCUGCCCACUAUCAUGUAUAUGUUUUGUCCGACCGUCCUGUUCCUGUGCCACAACAAGUAUCAUCUGGUCAAACCGACUGGGUCCGUGUACUUGCAGGCCAUGCGCCUGUGGCGGCUAGCCAUGAAGGGGCGUUGGUCUCUGAACCCGGCAAAGAUCGGAGAUCCUGACAGUUGCAGAUUCAUAAAGAACCCAACGCCCUUCUGGGAACCAGUCAAGCCCAGUGUAUUGGGAGCGAAUCGACCGGAGUGGAUGACCUUUGAUGACGAAUGGGUGGAUGAAGUUGCGCGUGGUCUGAAAGCGUGCAGGGUGUUUCUGUGGUACCCUCUGUAUUGGCUUGCGUACAACCAAAUGUUGAACAAUCUUACCUCCCAGGCAGCUACUAUGCAGCUGGGCGGUGUUCCCAACGAUAUCAUUAACAAUCUUAAUCCGCUAUCGCUAAUCAUAUUUAUCCCGAUCAUGGACCAACUGGUAUACCCCUUUUUGCGCCGAAUGGGCAUCAAAUUCACCCCCCUGAAGCGGAUCACAGCUGGGUUUUUCAUAGCCGGGCUGUCCAUGAUUGCGGCCACCGUCACACAGUACUACGUCUACAAGAAAGGCAGAUGCGGCAAGGAAGCCAACUACUGCCUGGACGAGUACAACUCCCACUCACCAAUAUCUGUCUGGGUGCAGGCCCUGAUUUACGUGCUUGGUGGCCUUUCGGAGAUCUUCGCGUCUAUUACGUCCCUUGAGUAUGCCUUUACUAAGGCGCCGCGGAAUAUGCGGUCUCUCGUGCAGGCCGUGUCGCUGUUUAUGAACGCAUUCUCAUCGGCUAUCGGUCAGGCGCUCGUGGGCUUGUCGGCCGAUCCGCUGUUGGUUUGGAACUACGCCGUGGUGGCAAUCCUGGCAUUUGUCGGGGGGAUCGGGUUCUGGUUGACGAAUUAUAAGCUCGAUCGCCAGGAGGAUGAGCUGAACAAUCUGCCCCAGAGCCACUAUCAAGGCCGAGGGACUGACGAGGAAGCAUCGCGAGGAUGAGCUGUGCUGGGAUGAAUUUCAUCUUGUGUACACUGAAUUCCACAGAUAAGCCUCACUUAUUAAUAGUCUUAAUUCAGCCUCAGGUGGGUUUCUGCUUCUUCUUGGGGGUCUGCUCUUCAGCAUCUUCUUCCUCCUCCACUUCAUCCUCAUCUUCAACAUAUUCAUCCUGAUCAUCUUCGCCCUC